UAUAUUUAAUUUAAAAACAUACCUCCAGAUCUCUCUUUUUCUCUGCCAUUAUGGUGUGUGCGAUUGACUGUUCCUCAUCAUGUUUUCUCAUGAGACUUUUAGAAUCAAGGGAUUCCUGGCCAAGAGACAAAAGCAGAAUCGUCACAUUUCCCAGUGGAUUCAGAUGAAAACUGGUAAUAAAAUCAGGUACAACUCCAAGAGGAGGCAUUGGAAAAUAACCAAGCAGGGUCUGUAA